ACCCACCGCCGUGCCCACCAAACCCUCCCCAUCCCCUUCUUCGGAUCUGUCUUCUGCAUCGGUCUCUCCGCGUCUCAGAUCGAGUUCGAGGGAGGGAGAGAGAGAGAUGGGGAGCGAUGCGAAGGUCUACACCUUGGCCGAGGUCUCGGCGCACAACACCCCCCAGGACUGUUGGCUCGUCGUCAACGGCAAGGUUUAUGAUGUUACCAAAUUCUUGGAAGAUCACCCCGGGGGAGAUGAUGUUUUAUUGUCAUCGACUGGGAAAGAUGCAACAGAUGAUUUUGAAGAUGUUGGGCAUAGCACCACUGCAAGAGCAAUGAUGGAUGAGUACUACAUCGGGGAGAUUGACACGGCAACGAUCCCUGAGAAAGUCAAAUACACCGCCCCCAAUCAACCUCACUACAACCAGGACAAGACAUCCGAGUUCAUCAUCAAGCUCCUUCAGUUUUUGGUUCCACUAGCAAUCUUGGGACUGGCUGUUGCUGUCAGAAUCUACACGAAAUCAGAAUGAAGUAAUUCAUCGUCAUAAGAUGUUGCAAUAAUUAGUCAGAAAGCAGUGUUUGCAAUCUCCUGAGUUACAGGUUCGUACACUAUGGAUUGGCUUUCAACUGCUUGCAUGUACUUCAUUUUAUGGUCAUCUGUUUUAGUCAUAUCAUAGUACCCAUUACCACUGAAUUAAAUGGCCGAGAAAUGUAGUUUGUCUUUGUUCUUUCCUCUUCUAAAUGGUGAUGAACCUGCAUGUGUUUUUCAA